AUGAGGGACUCGAAAGAAUUCCCCACGACGCAGGAGCAGCACUCGCCCGAUGUGGAAGAGCACAUGAGUGUCGGGCGAUACAUCGCCACGCGCAUUCCGUCGCUGGUGCCGCCCAUGAACCCAGCCCCAAACCCAUUCAAAGCAUUGACUCUCCUGAACAAGCAACAAUGGAUGUUCUUCGCAGUCGCCUUUGCCGGGUGGACAUGGGAUGCCUUCGAUUUCUUCACUGUAUCCCUGACCACAUCGCAAUUGGCAAAGACAUUCGAUGUGUCGAUUACGGACAUUACCUGGGGCAUCACCCUGGUGUUGAUGCUUCGUUCUGUGGGCGCCAUCAUCUUUGGUAUCGCUGCUGACCGUUAUGGCCGCAAAUGGCCCUUUGUCGUGAACCAAUUGCUGUUCGUCGCCAUCGAGCUCGGUGGUGGUUUCUGUCAAACCUACCAGCAGUUCCUGGGCUGCCGUGCAAUCUUCGGUAUCGCCAUGGGUGGUCUCUAUGGUAAUGCGGCAGCCACGGCGCUCGAGGACUGCCCUGUCGAGGCACGUGGUAUCGUCUCCGGCCUUUUGCAGCAAGGUUAUGCCUUUGGGUAUCUCUUGGCCACGGCGUUUGCUCGCGCUCUCGUCGACACCACUCCGCACGGUUGGCGCCCGCUGUACUGGUUCGCUGCAGGUCCACCAGUCCUGAUCAUCGCUUUCCGUCUCUGCCUGCCCGAGACCGAGGCGUUCCGUCAACGACAAGAGGCACGUGCGGAGAUGAACGGAGGUGCUGCAGCCUCAUUCGUCUCCGAGGGUAAGGUGGCCCUGAAACGCCACUGGUUGCUCUUGAUCUACUUGGUUCUGCUCAUGGCUGGCUUCAAUUUUAUGUCCCACGGCUCCCAAGAUCUCUACCCGACCAUGCUGAGCAACCAGUUCAAGUUCAGCAAGAACGCAGUCACUGUGACCCAGAUUGUCGCCAACCUAGGUGCACUGACCGGCGGUACCAUCUGUGGCUGGGCCAGUCAAAUCUUCGGCCGUCGCUUCUCGAUCAUUGUGAUCUGCAUUGUUGGUGGUGCCCUCCUAUACCCAUACACCUUUGUCAAGACUGAAGCCGUCAUGGCGGCUGCUUUCUUUGAGCAGUUCAUGGUCCAAGGAGCCUGGGGUGUCAUCCCAAUUCAUCUUAUGGAACUGUCGCCCGGUGCCAUCCGAACCUUUGUGGUUGGUACCUCAUACCAACUUGGUAAUCUGGUGUCUUCUGCAAGUUCGACCAUCGAGUCGACCAUUGGCGAGCGCUUCCCUCUCCCACCGACCGAGACUGCGCCCCAUCGUUACGAAUAUGGAAAUGUGAUUUGCAUCUUUAUGGGCUGUGUGUUUGCGUAUACGAUCCUGUUGACGCUGGUGGGUCCGGAGCGCCUGGGUCGGAACUUUGAUGCGGAUCACGAUGCGGAUCUUGCCGUUGUCGCGGCCCGCCGGGGUAUGAAGCACGACGGUUAUCAGAGUGAUCCCGAAAAGACCGCGGUGGAACAGCGGGAGUAA